CGUGAGGCGGCUUAUCAGGCCCAGCGCCUGCGCGCCGCCCGGCCUUCCCCCAGCACCCCGGCGGGGAGACAAAGUCCCUGGGUGAGGCCAGCGGCCACCGGGUGCCCAUGGCCCGGUGCUGAGCCCCUGCCUCCUCCUCCCUGCGGCACCGGGAGGCCUCGCUCGCCCGGCAAAGCCCCACAGCGACGGGGACGGAGCGGGAAGGUGACUUGAGUUGGGGUUUUGGGGAGGCAGCAGGCGUCGGGAGCUCGCGGGUGCUGAGGCUGCCAGCCCAGCGCGACACGAAGAUGGGGAGCCUGGCCGUGAUGGCCGGAUGGCCGCUGAAGAGGUGGCUCGGACUCGUGCUCGUCGUGCUUCACCUUGUUACUUUGGACUGCGCGCUGCCGAAGGAAGUCAAGAGCAAAGUCGGGGAGAAAGUCGGCCUGCCUUGUUGCCACGAAAUUCCCAGCUCGGAAAGCCUGCGCAACUACCGGGUCUACUGGCAGAAGAACACCAAGGAGGUGGUGCUGGCCUACUCGAAGGGGGAGAAGAUCUCAGAUCACGACCAGUACAAGAACCGGACAGAGCUGGACAGCAAGAACCUCACCCUGUGGAUCUCCCCUGUGGAAAUCCUGGACAAUGGCACUUACCAGUGUGUGGUUCAGCACUUCAGAUUUUCACAUGACUUUUCACCCCGCGUUUUGUGUGAUGCGCCCGUGUCCCUCUCUGUUACAGCUGACUUCAGUGAGCCAAACAUAACGUCAAAUGUCAUUAAUACUACUUGUGAAUCAACGGAGAUGGUGGUAACGUGUUCUUCUCAUGGAGGUUUCCCCAAACCCAAAAUCUCUGGAGUCUUCAACAACGGGUCCCUGGUCUGGAAUACCACCUGGGUGUCUGAGUCCAGCCUCAGCCCAUACAAUGUCACUGGGAAACUGCAUCUCAACGUGACCAAGGACAUCAACCUCACUUGCUCCGUUGAAUACAAUGGCUUUGUCAAGUCCACCAGUUUGCUUCUAACAAAAACAAAUGACUGCAUUGCCCCUACCAUGCCUCCAUCCUAUAAUGUCAUUACUGCUACAAGUAUCAUCUUUAUCAUCUUUCUUUUGGCUAUCACCCUAGCAGCAAGAUACUUCCCAAGGCAUGCCUGUUUUCAUUGUUCUAAGAAUCAAGAUUCAAUGGAAGAGGAUGAGAAGGAAAGUAUGAAGCCACCCACGAUCUCUAAAAUGACAUCUGAAACAUCAUCACUAUGACCAGAUCACAUUUGCAGGUUUCUUAUCCUGUGUAUUCUGCACUGCAGCCCCCACCGUUCUCUACAGCAAUGCUUAUUGCGUUGACCCUUUGGCUCUCUGGAAGGGGAUGACAGCAGUAGAAAAAAUUGCUCAAGAAGACGGACAGCAUAAUCUUUUGUGACCGAAUACAAAAACCCACCUACACCACAGAAGCUGUGGGGUGGUCCUGUUACAAUGGGGUCACUGGAAUUCCAGCUGGGAGGACCCCCCAUGUUGCUACAACAGGUAGAAGAAGAAUGCCGUCAGCAUUGUGCUGCUCCAGCAUGCCAGUGCACGAGUUUGGGAUACUCUGACGUUGCCUCUACGAAAAUCAAGGGGCCUGCAGAGACCUAGAAGGUAGCCCCCAUCCACCUGCCCCUUUAGUAAUGCAGAGCUGGCCCCAGACCCCACCACACAAUCUCAAGUCAAGCUGCACCUCCGCGGUGCAACUGAGAGCAGCUACAACUUUUUAUAUUCAGCCUCGCUACGGUAUUUGCCAGUACUGUUCUUUGUGCCAGACGAGUCUGGAUUUAGACUCGACCAUUACGGAUAUGCGAUACGAUAUUCCUUCUUCCCCAAAGAGGCAAUAAUGCACACACUUUUCAAGAAAAAGCACCUCGAGGUGGAAAUAUACACCUCAUGCUUAUUUUCAGCGCUGUGAGACUUUGUAGGGAAUGACAGAUACUGACGGCACACCUAACAGCUAACUAAUAUUGCUUACCUACAGCAGUGGCACAAGUUCUCAUAACCUUUCUCCCCUGAAAGGAUGGCCCUGCCAACCCAGGUACGAAGACACAGCUCCUCCAUUAAAUGACUCGGUUACAGGGGCACAUGGGAUACAGUCCACCCCACUGGUGGUGGUGCACGUUAGCACACGCGUGUGCACACGUAUACAAGCUCUUAUACGCUUGUUUUAUAUGCUUCCUACCUGCACUUGUUGUAAAGCCCAAAUUAAGUGUCUGUAACACUCAGCGGCUAACUUACAUGUACCUACAGGAAUGAAACUUAAGUCAGGGCCUUGCUCCAUAAAUACGGGUCUGCCUGUGUUUGUAUAUUUGCCUAGCAAUAGUUGUUAGGGUAGGGUCUCAAUUUUGGGGGGAGGGGAAGUCUCUCAUAGUGACAUAGGGAUUUACUUUGCUUUGAAUGCUGCUGCUUUCUGUCAGCGUUCUCUCUACUCAGCCAGGACUUGAAGGAAGUUCCCUGCAGGAUGCUAACAUGGGAUAGGACUCAUCUGAUCUGGGUGAUAUUCUUGCCUACUGUGUAGGAAAAACAGGUUUCUCAUUUUGAGGGGAAAAGAGGAGAAAACCCCAAGCCCCAGCAAGCUUCCUAAGCAACCAUACAUAGUAACCUAACUCAGAGAACUCAUACUCCUGAGUAUGCAUACUAACUAUGCAUACUAACCUAACUCAUACUCAUACCUGAGUACA